AUGUCGUCCGACAAGAAGUUCACGACGGCCGACGUCGGCCAGCACAAGGAUGCCGACAACGGCUACUGGCUGAUUGUCGAGAACGGCGUCUACGACCUGACGAAGUUCAUGGAUGAGCACCCCGGCGGCGACAAGGUGCUCAAGCGCUUCGCUGGCAAGAACGCGACCAAGGCCUUCUGGAAGUACCACAGCGAGAGCGUGCUGGAGCGGUACGGCGCCAAGUAUAAGAUUGGCGAGGUCGGCGAGGCGGCCAAGCUGUGA